AGUUUGGGCUUGAGGGGUAGCUCCCAGCUCCAGCGCAGCAGCGCCCUGUCGGGCGUGGCGUGAUGGGUGGCGACUGAACGGGAGCGGGUUGCAGAAAAGUGCACCUGUCUUGCAUCUCUGGGGCGCCAGCUGGUCGUUAUCAUGCAAGGCGAAUGUGUUGGCAAGGCCGCUGAUGAGCAUGAGCUCGUAGCAAUGAUUCAACCUCCGGAUACCCAACCAAGUUGCAGCCCGCGCAAAAGUGCAUUGUCAGAGCAAACGCAGGAUACGACAAGUGUUCCACGAGUUUGGGGCAUUCCCCUGAAGUGGGUAUCGCUUGUAUCUUUGACUUUGCAAACUACUGUCCAGGUGUAUACAGUGAAAUUUGCACGAACAACAAGCAAAACGUACUUGAAUAGUACAGUUGUGCUUUUUGCAGAGUUGACCAAACUGGUUUUGAGUACGCUACUACUGGCGAGCGAGACAGGGAGCCUUGCCGCCGCUUUACGGGAAAUUUGGCAGGAGAGCAUGGACGAUGUAGGGGAAACGUUGAAGCUUGGUGUGCCUGCAUUAGCCUACACGGUGCAAAACAACAUGCUGUUUUUCAGCUUGGACUCGCUCGGUGCAGCGGUACAGCAAAUCACAUACCAGCUCAAGAUUCUCGCCGCCGCUCUUCUGAGCGCACGCAUCCUGGGCAAGAUUAUCCGCUUCAAGAGAUGGGUAUCUCUGUGCGUGCUGGUUCUGGGGGUCGUCUUGGUGCAGCUGCCACGGGACUCGAGCGGCCCUGGCAGCAGCGGCGACACCACUGCGCCACCAGUGCUGUCGAGUAGUCAUCUGCUGGGGUUUCUCGCAGUCCUUGCGGCCUGCUUCACGAGCGGCUUCGCCGGCGUCUUCAUGGAGAAAGUGCUGAAGGGCGGGUUUGCUUCCAUGUGGUUGCGCAACGCGCAGCUCGCCUUCUUCGGCGCCCUCACAGCCUUCUCUGGCGUCGUGACAAAGGACGGCGGAAAGGUGGCGGAGGGCGGUCUCACUCAAGGUUACACUUUGGGGGUAGUCCUGGUAUUUCUCACGGUGGCUGGCGGGGGAUUGCUGGCAGCUGUUGUCCUGAAGUAUGCUGACAAUAUAUUGAGGCAGUUCAGCACCGCGCUGUCGCUGCUGCUUACGAGCGCGUGGAGUGCGGCACUUUUUGAGGAGAGCGUGAUCGAUGACAUGGGUCGGCGGAUUGGUGCGGGUCUGACGAUCUUCGCCACGUUCAUGUACAAUGGGAUCUUGGAUGACUAUUUGCCGGGCUGCGUAGCGGAUCGCACCCCGUGAAGGCUUGCACGCUCUGAGGAGUAGCGGCUACCUGAUGCAUGGUGCUACAGAUGGGGCCAGAAGUGCAGAUGCCUAUCGGUGCGGACUGUCACGAUACCCUCAUUGGCAUCCCAAAGGUCACAAUCGAUGAGAUCGAUGCUAAAAUCGAUACUGAGAUCGAUGUGGUGCCCCGAGGUGUCCCGUAGUGUCCCGUGGUGCCCCCCGUUUGAUGGGGGGGCAGGGCGGUUCCCAGCCAGCUGGGCAGGAGGAGGCCGCCCUCCGUGCAGCCGAGGGCACUGCUUGCCGCCAGUGGGACA